AAUACCAUCUCGGCAAUGAUGAUCGUAAACUGACUAGCGUAUUCGAACUCGUGCUUAUUUUAAAUCCUAACCUUUUUUAUUGAGCCCAUUCACGGCAUAUGCCAUUUUCAAAAGUUUUGAGUAAACCUUGCUAAUUUUGCAAUCAGAAGAGACUCGAAAGAAAGGUUAUAACGGAACAGGUAAAUGAUCAUGAUUCGUUUACAUUAUGAAUCCGUCACUACCAAAGAUUCCAAGCAGAAAUAUGUGAGAGUAGAAUAUGUCGGAUGUCGAUGAGUAUAAAGUUGUAACUCGUCGGAGGAAAUCCAAUAGGUUUUUUCGGGGAGUUCAUCGAUUGACGGUAGCUUCAAAAGAAGAACGAAUUGAAGAUCCUGAUAUAGACUUGGAACGCGUUAGACGGGGAAUUUUAGCAGCUGUAAACUUCAUAGAGGAAUCCAACUACAAGGAUAUCCUGUUCCAAGGUCUGGACGAAGCUUUGAGACUUAUAAAAGCUCCAGAUUUACCGGAUAUUAUAUGUUACGGUUUGGGAAAUUUCUCACAGUCCAGAGCACCGAAAUUUCAAUUAGCUGCUGUUUUAGCAAUUAAAUCACGUUAUCGAAGCAUAGUUUAUGCGUACGAUCCACUUUUUUUCAAGCCUGAGCUCGAGAUUCUCAAAGAAUUGGGAAUACAAACAAUUGAUACCAACGAGGAAGCAAAACGUACCAUUGAAGAUAGAACAAGCCUUGUUUACAUGCCGCAUUGUCCAUAUCAACUGACAAAUAAUUUCAUUUAUGCCAACUGGGCUGCCAAGAAUUUGCUAAAUUGUCUUGUUCUCUCAAACAGUUUUGGAGAGCUUGUCGAUUCAGUAUUUUCUAAAAAUAUUGAACAUUCUACAAAUUAUAUUGACAGAAUAAGCCCCUACACAACUGAAAUAAAAUUAAAAAACAACUUUGAAUACGAGGAAGUUUUCAACGGAAGUUCCAUACACAUUUUUAGUCAAGAAAAUAUUGACAAAGUUCCAACAGAAUUUUGGGAUUGCAGAAAGGCUCCGAUUUAUCAAGACGAAAAUUGUGAAUUUGUAAGGAGCUCCAAUUUAUCAGUGAACCUUCAAUCUUGAUGCAGAUUUUUUUUUCAAAAUAACCGCAUGCAACGUUGAAAUUAGUUAAAGGUUAUUCGAUAGUAUAAUUCGAUCACAAUAAUUGUACAUAAAGUAAAAGAUGAGGGAAAAUCUGCAACUUA